AUGGGGGAUGAAGUUUUCCAGCAAGGAACCAGGACGCCGUUUCUUUUGCUCAGCCUUAUGGGUAUUCCGGAAUUAGGACUGGAGGGACGCCUUGUAAUCCUGGAGACGGAUGAGGAAGGAUUUGCCAUAGAUGCUUUCAUGAAUGGGACCUGCAAUGUCAUGGCACUUCUCAACGCAAGGCAUCUGGCAGUGCAGUCUGUCAGAAGCCGUGGAUAUUUCGGAGAGUAUGCCAACGGCAAAACUGAGCUGUUGCCAGAACCACACACUGCCGUCACCAGAGCGGGAGACGCGCACUUUUCUGAUUUCGUCAAUGCUGUCUUGAUGUCGUUGCAGUUUGCGCGGUCUGCCAACAUUACCCAAGAAACGGCAGACAAGUUUCCCGAGACUGAGCUUUUUGGAAAUGAACAUAGAGCAAUGUUUCAAAGGGCGAUACAGGUGGUGGGAAACUUUAAUGAAAUCAGGUUUCGCUCACUGAGUCAGUCUCUCCACGCAACGAGUGGCGGUAUCAGUGAUCUAAACAACGGGAGCACAGGACUUUUGUAUCCUUUCACUCUGGGGGCCAUCGACACCGACUGCAAGGAUCACCCUCUGAGCGAUACAAUGUUGGCAAUCAAAGCAAGUGGGACCAUCCGUUGUGGCAUUGUGUUGAACCGCCCUGGGUUCGUGAGUUCUACUGGUGGCGGCGUGGAAGGCAUGGAUGUUGACUUCUGCCAGGCUGUUGCGGCCAGUCUUUACCGGGGAGCUGACUUGGUUACGGCUGGAGUGACAGAUGGAUAUCAAUUGCUGGCAUCAGGAGAGCUGGACAUCCUAGCUGGAGGCACGUGGACGCUCGACAAUGAUGUAAAAGAACCAACAACUGGCAUUGGCUUCUCCUUUUCUACACCUUACUUUUAUGGUUAUUCGGAUUCAGAGGACAACUUUUGUUUGGCGACCAGGCAGGAUGAUCAUGACUGGAUCUCUUUUGUGUACUGGGUUGUCAUGGCAACGAUUUACGCGGAGACCAAUGACAUUGGCUCGCAUUCAUCACAUGGCAUGCCCGAGGUUCUUGUCUUUGGGUCUGAUCUAAAAAGAAUGUUCCGUGAUGCCAUCUUGACUGUUGGGAGUUACGCCGAAAUCUACGCGAGAAAUGUUGAGCCAUUCAUUCCAAGAGGGAAUCGAAUCGGAAUGUGCUGA